UAAUUCUAUAAAUGGAUCACGAGUUGGCGCGCGUUUGUAAGAUUUUUCACUCUUCUGCACCCGAAGUAAAAUGGAAGACGAUGGAGGAGAGAGAUCAAGCAUCGUGAUCGGUCUGAUAGAAAAUAGAGCCAAAGAGGUCGGCAUGGCUGCUUUUGACUUAAGGUCAGCUUCAUUGCAUCUUUCUCAGUAUAUCGAAACUAGUAGCUCCUACCAGAAUACAAAAACUUUGCUGCAAUUCUAUGAUCCUAUGGUAAUCAUAGUUCCUCCAAACAAACUGGCACCUGAUGGGAUGGUUGGAGUUUCUGAGCUGGUGGAUCGAUUUUAUGCUUUAGUUAAGAAGGUUGUGAUGGCCCGUGGUUGCUUUGAUGACACCAAGGGUGCUGUACUGAUUAAAAAUAUAGCAGCCAAGAAACCUUCAGCACUUGGUUUGGAUACUUAUUACAAGCAAUAUUAUCUCUGCCUGGCCGCUGCAGCAGCCACAAUAAAAUGCUUUGAUGAUGUAAUGCUGAUGUUGCUCUUUGAUAAACAAGUCUGGCCUUACUUCACCCAUGAACGGACAGAAGCUGAGAAAGGGGUCAUCGUUACAAACCAUUCCUUGUUGGUAACUUUCAAUGGAUCAUUUGACCACAUGAAUAUUGAUGCGACUAGCGUUCAGAAUCUGGAAAUCAUUGAGACGCUUCAUUCUUCCCUUUGGGGCACAACAAACAAGAAAAGAAGUCUAUUCCAUAUGCUUAAGACAACAAAAACCAUAGGAGGGACUAGACUUCUACGGGCCAAUCUGUUGCAGCCUUUAAAAGAUGUGGAAACUAUCAAUACUCGUCUGGAUUGCCUGGAUGAACUGAUGAGCAAUGAACAGCUAUUCUUUGGACUCUCUCAGGUUCUGCGUAAGUUUCCAAAAGACACUGAUAGAAUUCUUUGUCAUUUCUGCUUUAAGCCAAAGAAAGUUACAAAUGAGGUCUUAGGUACUGAUAAUGCUAGAAGGAGCCGGGUUUUGAUAUCAAGUAUUAUUCUUCUUAAAACUGCUUUGGAAGCCUUGCCUUUACUUUCAAAGGUGCUUAAAGAUGCAAAAAGUUUUCUUCUUGCAAAUAUUUACAAGACUGUAUGUGAAAAUGAGAAAUAUGCUUCCAUCAGAAAGAGAAUUGGGGAGGUGAUAGAUGAAGAUGUGCUACAUGCGCGUGUUCCUUUCGUUGCCCAAACACAGCAGUGUUUUGCUGUCAAGGCUGGAAUCGAUGGACUAUUAGAUAUUGCUCGGAGAACAUUUUGUGAUACUAGUGAAGCAAUACAUAAUCUUGCAAACAAAUACCGUGAAGAAUUCAAGCUACCAAAUUUGAAACUUCCAUUUAAUAAUAGACAGGGCUUUUACUUUAGCAUUCCAUUGAAGGACAUCCAGGGAAAGCUUCCAAACAAGUUCAUUCAGGUCCUGAAACAUGGAAACAAUGUACACUGCUCCACUUUGGAACUUGCUUCUCUAAAUGUCAGAAAUAAGUCUGCUGCUGAAGAGUGCUAUAUAAGAACAGAAGUUUGCCUAGAAGCUCUAUUAGAUGCUAUAAGAGAGGAUGUCUCCUUGCUCGUUCUGCUUGCAGAGGUUCUAUGCCUUCUAGAUAUGCUUGUUAAUUCAUUUGCUCAUACAAUAUCAACUAAGCUCGUUGACCGAUAUACUAGACCAGAAUUCACAAAUAGUGGUCCAUUGGCAAUUGAUGCUGGAAGACAUCCUGUCCUGGAGAGCAUUCGCAAUGACUUUGUUCCCAACAAUCUCUUUAUUUCAGAAGCGUCAAACAUGGUCAUUGUCAUGGGCCCAAACAUGAGUGGAAAGAGCACUUAUCUUCAACAAGUUUGUCUUAUUGUUAUUCUGGCUCAGAUAGGCUGUUAUGUUCCUGCUCGCUUCUCAACCAUAAGGGUAGUUGAUCGUAUAUUUACAAGGAUGGGUUCAAUGGAUAAUCUUGAAUCAAAUUCUAGUACGUUUAUGACUGAGAUGAAAGAGACGGCUUUUGUCAUGCAGAAUGUCUCCCAAAGAAGCCUGAUCAUUAUGGAUGAGCUUGGGAGAGCUACUUCUUCUUCAGAUGGAUUUGCUAUUGCCUGGAGCUGCUGUGAGAAUCUGUUAUCACUCAAAGCGUAUACCAUAUUUGCUACUCAUAUGGAGAAUCUAUCAGAGCUAGCAACCAUCUAUCCGAAUGUCAAGCUUCUUCACUUGGAUGUUGCCAUUAAAAACAACCGCUUAGAUUUCAAGUUUCAACUCAAGGAUGGACCGAGACACAUACCUCAUUAUGGCCUUCUACUGGCAGAAGUGGCAGGCUUACCAAGUUCAGUGAUUGAAACGGCUAGAAGCAUCACUGCAAAGAUCAAGGAAAAGGAAAUAAAACAAAUGGAACUAAACUGCCAUCAGUACCAUCAACUGCAGAUACUAUAUCGUGUUGCUCAACGACUAAUAUGCUUAAAGUAUUCCAGCCAAGACGAAGAUUCUAUUCGGCAAGCACUACAGAAUCUCAAAGAGAACUACAUGAAUGGAAUGCUUUGAAGGUUGAUGAAACAAGAUAUGUCAAUCUGUUAAGUAUUGUUCUACGUUCAGUGCGCAAUUCUUUGCCUUCACACCGCUUCUCAAUAGAUUCCUGAAUUGAAUUUUUUUUUUCUUGGUUGCUUACUCUCAUUGGUAAACCAUGUACAUAUACAAUCUAGCGCGCAGCAAUUAUCAAGUCUGCGAAUUUUUAAAGUCGAAGCAGCUUUGAGCGUACAAAUACGCAACUAUGUUGAAUCUAAUUCAAAGUUUGAUAAGUUUUGAGGAAACAAUCGAAAAAGGAAGGGGAAAGGUUGAACGAAAGGAAGAGGAGUUGAACCGUAAUUACAAAA